AUGGAAAAAUUAACUUUUAGCUUCAAAAAACCUCGAGAUGAACGUAGACGUCCACCUGAGAUUCCUAUUAGGCCUGGAGCAAGUACAACUAGAGACGAUCCGGAUUGCAGGCCUAUUUCACUAAAAAGAACCAAAUUUUAUGUGCGAGUCAGAAUGGAGAAGUACGGCAUUCACUGGAAGUUAGUUCUGAAGCAGGGAAUGCUCUAUCUGACUUCUGAGGCUCCCGAAGAGUUGACUAAGAAGUAUGACCAUAAGUACGUUUCUAUUUUCAUUGAAUACAUACAUCGUAUCCAUACUGGGUCAGACUUGAUAUCGGAAAAUAGAAUUAGCAUGUUCCCGAAUUCUUCCCCUUCAUUCGAUCAUACUAUCGAUAAACUCUUAGCUGCUAGGAUGUGGCGUUUCACUGGUAGAACCGCAUUACGAAGAGUUGUGAUUCACAUGAAAAUUAUUGAAAAAUGGGAGAGCUACAACGCGUUCGAAUCCAUUUUUCAUAGAGGAGCCGAUGCGAUGAUCAAACUAAAUGGGAAAGAACUCUUUGUUCAUAGUCAGAUCGUUGGUGCUCAUUCCGCUUCUUUUCUUAGAGUUUUUCAAGAAGAGGAAGAUUUAGGAGAUCCAGCUAUAAGUGAAUAUUAUGACGAUAAUGAACGAAGGUUGAAAUGCUGUGAUGUUACAUGGGAAGAAGAGCCAUUCUUGAACUUUCUUCGAUAUAUGUAUGGCGAUGAUUUUAUGUUUAAUAAAGAAAACCUUGCGUCUUUCAUUGAAACUUCAAUUCGCUUCAAAGGAAAAUAUCAUAUAACUAGGAUAGAACAGUACAUAGGUAGCUCAGGAAUGACACUCCUUCAAAAAGUAUCCAUCGCAUGGAAGUACAAACUUAUUUCAUUAUUGGUUAAUCUGACCCAUAUCAAGGAAUUUCCCGCAUUGAUGACUUUAUUUCCGAAAACAGAGUUCUUCAGUACUCUUGAUUUCGAUGAGAAAGAGAAGUUAUUGUCUUAUCUAAGCUCUCGUCGCUACCGUUCUGAUAUUCACUAUACAAUUGAAUUCACAAUACCUGCAGCACCAGAUGAUGAAGACGUUGUUUUCUCCAACCAAGUGGAGCAUUUUGACUUCGAAUGGUACUUGCGUGUGGUUAAAGAAGGCAAUCGCUUUGCUUAUAAUCUCUGCUGCUACUCAAUGGAUAAAGAUAGCACUGACAUGUAUGAAAUCUACAAGUACCAGGUUCAAGUAGGCGUGACCAUCGAUGGCCAAUACAUGGUGUUGGAGUUAUCAAAUAUGGCAGAAGCUUUUAUGUUUAACGACUUUAGUCGUACUCGGCGACCGAGCUUGGUAGUUGAUUUCAAGAGUGUCACCAUACUUAUGUAUGAAGUAGCUCCUCAUCUUCCAAUCACUACUCUUAACACCCCAGCGCAUGGACUGCGCGACUCAGAAAUUAAAAUUGAAGAUAUGACACUGUUCGCAUAUAGUCAAGUUCUCAAACUAUACUCACCUCAACUGAACAAUCUUUUGAAAAAAAAUGUAGAAGAUAGGCAUUUUCUGACUUUGAACCCUGCACCGCAGACUCCUAUGGAAGUUCUUUUUUCUAUUUUAACAUUACCCGCAGUAAUUCAUAGAAUAAGCACCGUGUUUUUAGAAAAGUUAUUCAUUCAUUCCGGUUUCAUAAAUAAGAGAUCUAUUGGCAUGCGUAUCAUAUACAGAUGCCCAGUGGUAAUCUUUGCUUUUGACUUGAGAAUAGUAGAGAAGCACCUGGCCUUCCUUAUACAAGUCGGAAAUGUCAAACCGGAAUCAGUUCGAUCUUCUAUUACUUUAGGAGAAUAUAAAAAGCUCAAUAGAAUGCAAAGAGCUAGAGCUGAUAGUCUGUUGAAUGAUGGUGAGAAGAUGUAUACUUAG